CCCCACACUGCUCUCGCAGUCUCGCUCCUCGUUGCCACCGCCGCCGACCAGUCGCCGCCUCCGCCGCCGCCGCCUAGCGCGAAGCCCGGCCCGGCCCGGCCCGGGCCCCCACCCCACCCCCUGCAGCGAGGCCAUCCCAUCCCAUGUCCACCCCGGUCGGCGUGGCGCCCCGCCGCUCAUCCAGGCUGGCCUCCUCCAGCGCUCCCCACGCCGGAGCCGCGCAGCCCUCCUCCCCACUUCCUCGACGCCGCCGCCGCGGCGCCUCGCCAUCUGGCUGCGCCAGAGAGGUUCACAAUGUGCCGCACCCAGUGGUCAUGUUAGAUGACAACAAAGCGGACCAACCUGUUGAGGCAGGAGAAUUGAAGAAGCAAGGGGAAGAGGGCAUGGAGGCAGAGGAGCUAGAGGAGAUGGACAAGGACGUGGAAGUGUCGGAGGAACUACCUAGUUGGCUUCCUGAUGGUUGGAUCAUGGAGGUGCGACGUGGCGACAAUGGCUCCAUCUACCGGUACUACACUUCUCCAGUGUCAGGAUACACAUUCUCCACGAAGAUGGAGACACUAUAUUAUCUUUUCUCAGAGAUGGACGAGCGUGUGCUGGAGUCACAGGCGUGUGCCGAUGGCAAUGAGCUUCAUAGAAUGCACACUUGGCUUCCAGAUGGGUGGAUAAUUGAAAUCAGAGCAGGGGGUAAGAAGAUGGAGAAAAUGUACAAGUUCUAUGCUCAUCUUCCUACUGGAGUGAGAUUCUUGUCAAAAGAAAAUGUAUUGCGCUAUUCUAUUGAGGGGAAGAUUUCUAGAUGUGAUGUGAAGGUGUUGUGCGAUACAAGCUCUGAAGAUAAUAUUCUUGCAACGGUGGAAUUUAAUCCAGAUGGACUUCCAGAAGGAUGGGUGAAGGAAAUGAUAUUUAGAAAGUGCAAUGAUGGAAUUAGGAAAGACCCGUAUUAUACUGACCCUGUUAGUCGUCAUGUAUUCCGUACACUUAAGUCUGUAAUCAACUAUCUUGAAACCGGAGAAAUCACUAAACAUGCCUAUAUUCCCAGGAGAAGCGUCACUGACAUGUACUCUUUUGAAAGGUGCACAGAUCUGCCUCAAAGUAUGUUGAAAAGACUGAAAAUACAAGGAAAAGCAAAGAAAAAAUUUGUUGGAGCAUCAGUUAUAGACAAGAAACUACCAAAUGGCCAAACAUCAAAUAACUGUAUGUCUUCUGAGUUGGAUCCUCGAUUUGAGCCAGAAGCAAGGAAGUUUGUAACUGUUAAAGCUAUAAGCGAAAGCAAAGAAGCAGAUAACUCAGAUAUUCCCAAGCGACCAAGAGGAAGACCACGGAAAAUCUUGAUGCCAACUGCUGAAAGCUCCAAAGCUGAGAAGGCAUUAGUCACAUCAGAGGCUAGCAAGAGAUCAAGAGCUGAAGACGUUACUUCUUGCUUAAAUCGUCUAUCUGAGCCAAAGGAAGAGAUGGUCAAAGCCACUGGCACCACCGGAAAAGAGUCGGUCAGUUCAAAUAAUGCCAAACGACCUGGAGGGAGCCCCCCAAAAAAAUUCAAGCACAUUACUGACUGCAGUUUGGAUUGUCCCAAGAGUUCAAAUGAGGAGUCAGAUCAUAUAGUUGUGACGGAGGGAUUGGGUAUUGGAGAUGAACAACAAAUGCCAAAGGAAAACACACUGGAGUAUGCUAAUAUGAAUGAGCACGUUUUGGUAAUCCAGGAACUGGGCGACACAAGCAACAGGGAGAAAGAUAAAUUGAGCUUGGUGGCUGAUCGAGAUCUGCACGAGCAUGAAAACGUCAAGUUUACUGAAGCUGCUGGAAAGCUAGCCUGCACUGCAGUUCAUAAAUUUUAUAUGAGGAGGAGCAGCAACCAUACGGUGGCAUUGAGAAAAGGAUAAUGCACACAAGACAUUCUUAAUUACCGAGUUUGGAGCCCUAAUCCAGACAUGAUUGGAACGGAAUAAAGUACUCUUUAUUCUACUCAAAUAAUACAAUUAGCUGAAUGCAAUUGUACCUUAGGCAAUAUGAAGCAAGGGUAGUUUCCGGUGAAUAUGCCCUUCAUUUCGUACAUUUUUUUUAGAGAAUAGCAUGAUAUUAAAGGACUAA